AUGAAGUUCUUGCGGAAAUCCGACCGGGGAAGUGUCUUGGGCAGCACGCUCUUUUCCUUGGCGUUUCUGUUCUACAGCCCGCCGACGGCGGCACAAAGUCCACCCCCCGAUGGAGCGGUCUACGACUAUAUUGUCAUCGGGAGCGGACCGGGCGGCGGCGUUGUGGGAGCCAAUCUCGCCAAGGCGGGAUACUCGGUCCUGCUCCUCGAGGCGGGAGACGACAGCCCCGGCGCGGGGUUCGGGGUGUACACGCCGACCGUGACCUGGGACUUCUACGUCAAGCACUAUCCCGAGGGGGAUCCGCGAGACAACCAGUACAGCCACCUGACCUGGCUCACCCCCGACGGCCGUUACUGGGUGGGCCAGAGCGGUGCGCCCGAGGGCUCCCGGCUCCUCGGCGUCUAUUAUCCCCGCGGUGCCACCCUGGGAGGGUCGUCCAUGAUCAACGCCAUGGUCGUCUGGCUGCCGAAUGACAGCGACUGGGACUACCAUGCCGAGGUCACGGGAGACGACAGCUGGAGAGCCGAGAACAUGCACAAGAUCUUCCAGAAGAUCGAAAAGAACAACUACCUGCCCCGGGGCACGGCAAACCACGGGUUCGACGGCUGGUUCCAGACGCAGAUGGGGACCAUGGUGCAGACCAACCGGACAGGCCCGCUGCAGGGCAACGGCGUCAUGACGACGUACGCGCAGGACUGGAACCUGACGAUACCCAUGUCGGACCUCCUGAUCCGCGACCCCAACGAGAUCGGCCCGGACCGCGACCAGACGUCGAGCAUCUACGGGCAGGUCAGCCACCAGUUCGCCAACGGCAACCGGUACAGCUCGCGCCACUACGUGCAGGACGCCGUCAGCUCUGGCGCCAACCUGACCGUCUCCCUGACCUCGCUCGCGACCAGGAUCCUCUUUGACACGGUGACGGAACCCGACAGCCCGCGGGCGACGGGGGUCGAGUACCUCUUUGGCAAGUCGCUCUACAGGGGCGACAGGCGGCGGGCGGACGGCGCGAUCGGGGUCAACCGCACGGCCGUGGCGCGGCGCGAGGUGAUCGUGUCCGGGGGCGCCUUCAACUCGCCACAGCUGCUGCUGCUCAGCGGGAUCGGCAACGCGACCGAGCUGGAGGCGCUGGGGAUCCCCGUGAUCCGGGACCUGCCCGGGGUGGGCCGCAACCUGAUGGACAACCAGGAGAUGCCCAUCGUGGGCACGGGAAGCCCCGGCGGCGGCCCGGGGGCGGUGGCGGGCGUGGCCAUGUACAAGACGCGGCACCCGGCCCACGGGGAGCGCGACAUGUUCCUCUUCGGCGGGCCCGGCUUCCUCUUCCGCGGCUUCUGGCCCAACGAGGCCGUGCACCUGCCCGACGAGCCGGCCCAGCCCGUCUACGGCGUCAGCAUGGUCAAGGGGUCGAGCGUCAACAACGGCGGCUGGGUCAAACUGCGGAGCCGGGACCCGACCGACACGCCCGAGAUCAACUUCAACCACUACGCCGUCGGCGCCGAGUACGACCUCGAGGCCGUCAAGGACACGGUCGCCUGGAUCCGGUCCGUCUACCGGCGCGUGGGCAUCGCGACGGUCGAGCCGCCGUGCGCCCGCGGCCCCGACGAGAACGGCUACUGCGGCGAGGAGGACGAGGCCUGGAUCCACAAGCAGACCUUCGGCCACCACCCGACCUCGACCAACAAGAUCGGCGCCGACGACGACCCCACCGCCGUGCUCGACUCCAAGUUCCGCGUCCGCGGCGUCCGCGCCCUGCGCGUCGUCGACGCCAGCGCCUUCGCCAGGAUCCCGGGCGUCUUCCCCGUCGUCUCCACCUUUAUGAUCUCGCAGAAGGCCAGCGACGACAUUCUGGCCGAGCUGGAGGCCGAGUCACGCUGA